CGCAAUGACGUUUUCCCUUCUAUGUCUGAUGCACUCGUCCAAAUUCUCCAAGGGUCCGUCGCCCGGUAGUCCGGGAGUUGUCGCCCGUCCCUCUCUGUCUCUGCCUUGACUCCCCGGUUGUUGAGGCCUUCAUCAUGGCUUUUCUCUUCCUUUCAAUGUUGCUGCGUUUGAGACCCAAAGCUCAUGGAUUUUCCCUUGGCUUGAAAGAAAAAAAUCUCUUUCGGCAAUUUCCAUCCGGGUUUCCUUUCCGUCUCUUUGCGGACAUCAUUGAACUCUCCACCUAUCCUUUGAUAUUUGCUCAUACUUUCACAUAGGGAAUGCAGUUCACCCGCUUCUUCAUGCUGCAAGCCGCGUUGGCCGCAGCUCAGCUUCCAGCGUCUGGAGGUGAUGACACAUCAAGCAGAGGCACUGGCAAUGCCUUGGCUGGAAGAGCGGAAGGAGAACCUGCAGUGACAACGUCUUCGAGUCUGCGCACCCACCACAGCUCGUUGCACACAAUUACAAAAACAAAUCCCACCGCUACCGUCUACCAGAGCACAGCAGUAGGAACGGCUAUGUCGAACACAUCUAGCCCACCCGAUCCAGAAGCCGACCGUCCCGUAGGAUCUACAGGGGUAGGUGAUGAAGAGUUUGAAGGAGGAUCACCACAGUUUCUGGAGUCAAAUCAACCGGUUCCAGUUCCACCACCAGUUCAGCCAGAGACAGCACCUGCGGAAGUUCUUGUUCAGUCUCCGGAGCAGGCUGCGUCACCUCAAAUGGAGACGACCAAAGUCUUUACCUCGGUUUCCCCGAGCAGCUCUAUCGCUACAACAACGGUCGUUGUUUCUAAUAUGUCCACGUUUUACGAGAAUUUCGCUCCCAUCCCCGUCGAGGACCCAGCACAAACACCUACAGUAGAGGUAACUCCAUCUCCAGCUGAGGCCACCAAAGCAGCUAUUCUAGCCGUGGCAGAGUCCUCAUCUCAGGCCUCAGACUUUCAAUCACUAUCUACGUCAACAUCCGACCCGAAACCUAGCUCUACAAGCACCUCACCAUCCGAUACGGCAGUAACCGAAACUGCCAUCCCAGCAUCUUCAAUUACCUUUUCCUCAGUCAUCACAUCAUCAACCGACCCUGCUCGCGGAUUUGUCGUAUUGGCCACGGACUCCUCUUCCUCCUCCUCCUCCUCCUCCUCCUCCUCCUCCUCCUCUUCCUCCUCUUCCUCCUCUUCAUCAGCAUCUUCUUCACUCCCCUCCUCACUCACAACCCCAUCACCAACCCCCUCCUCAUCUCUUUCCUCCACUACCUCUACCACCACCACUACCACUGAUCAACCUGCAAUGGCCUCCAACGCCGAUAUUGACGCCUCCCUGCAAGAAAAGACUGCAUCCUACCCCCCUUCCUCCAACGAGUACCUCUCCUCCCAAGCAAAAGUCGCCAUCAUACUCGUCUCAGUGGUCGGGGUAUUAGCCGUUAUCACAGUGAUUGGCUAUGUACUUUGGCACGUUAGAAUGCGAGAUGCGCGGUUCGAGCGGCAGAAUCGAGCGGCAUUGGCGCGGAGGAUUCAGGGUGGUGGCGCUGGGAAGGAAGGAAACGGAGCACAGGGGCAUAAGAGAAACCUGAGCGUGGAAGAAAAGAUGAAGCAAGCAUUGGAGAGGGAACAUGACGUCCCGCUGGAUGUUGGGAAGAUCCAGGCUGUUGAGGAGCAUGGAAACCCCACGGAUGGGAGAGCUGUGAAUCUGUUCAGUACUAUCAGUACCAUCAGCGAGAGCAGUGAGGAGAGCGAGGACAGUCAGGGCAGCGGAAGUCGGCGUUCCUACGGGAACAAUGGGCAUUUGGCUGUUGUGGCGGCGCCCAUGGUUCUGGAUGAGAGCGGUAUGGCUACCUCUGUGGCAACUCGGAGAGAGGUUAGUGAGGGUUACGGACUUGGGAGGAGCGACAGCCAGAACAGCGAGGAAAGUUACUAUAGCGAGGGCGGUCAAGAUGGAUUUGGGAGGAGCGAGACUUUGGAUGCACAGCGACGUCGGUAUGUGCAUGAAAGAAGCGAAAGCCUGUGCAGUCAAUGGAGCAAUAUCGAAGACUACUAUAGGAUAGAGAGGUUGGAGACGGAGCCACAAGGCGAUGCCGAAACAUUGGAGUCAGAGGAGACAUUUGGGAGGACGGAGUCGAAUGACUCGACGUCGUCGGGCCGGACGAUCGGAAAGGCAAUCUGAAUAGUCCAGUUCAAAUCGGUAACCACUCCGCCGUCAUGAAUGUUAAAUGUCAGAACCCAUGAUUCUUUCC